AUGCACGAGGAAAAAAUCGUUGUUGGCAUUGCUUCCACCUGUACGCUCAUCGCCAUCACCACCUACUUUGUGGUUAUUCAUGAACUCUUCGGCACCGUCCAACGCACCCAUUUCGAAGUUUCCGAGCGAGUGACAGCGUUUCGUGACGAGACCGAUGCGAUAUGGAAUGAAGUCAUCGAUGUGCAAUCGACUCUUCUACCCGCCUCGCCUCCGAAAGCCCAAUUCGAGUCAAUUUUUCGAAACAAAAGGCAGGAUAAGAAGCUGCCAUGGUAUUGUCAAUGCGAGCUGGAAAGACCCCGCUGCGCACCGGGACCACCAGGUCUGCCGGGAUUGGCUGGUAUACCAGGUCACCCAGGAAUACCCGGCAAACCGGGUGCAGAUGGCACAGACUUCACUGGGAUGAUUACCUGUACAUCCAGUUCUUGCAUAAAAUGCCCGCCAGGAUCGUCUGGGCUGCCAGGAAAACCAGGGCCGACAGGCCCAAUGGGUCCUACAGGCCCGUCUGGGGUAAAUGGUGCCCAAGGCAAAUCUGGUCCUCCUGGUCUUCAAGGACCUCCUGGCACGCAAGGAGAAGCGGGACCAGAUGGCCCACCAGGCGAACCGGGAUUACCUGCAAAGUAUGUGAGAAAAAUUUUGAAGUUAGUACCAGGUCCACCCGGGCCUCCAGGUGAAAGAGGACCAGUAGGAAAACCUGGACCGAAGGGAAAGCCGGGUGUAACAUGCGAAGGAUUGCCUGGCAAGUCGGGAGCGAUUGGCCCUCCAGGAAUGCCUGGUUUGGAUGGAAUACCCGGACGAGCAGGGAGAGCUGGAAGUCCAGGUGCGGAUGCUGCCUAUUGUCCCUGCCCUUCACGUACUCUGUCACGUAGAAUUCGCUUAGUCAGCUGA